AUGGCCCAACGACGAUCGCAUCAGAAAUCCAGACAUGGCUGCCUAGAGUGCAAGCGACGAAGAGUCAAGUGCGACGAAUCUCGACCAGUCUGUGCCAAUUGUGCUCGACGACAGACCGAUUGCGAGUAUGAUUCGUCUGGGCCUCUGCGAUGGAUGACCGACGAGCCCUCCCGAUCCCCGCGUCCCCUCUCCGACCGGCAGCAAGCACCACCAUCUCCUGAUUUCAGCCUUUUCGGUCAAUUCCGGAGCAACAACAGCUCGAAUAAUGGCGAAGCACCCUUGGCCCCGUUGAAUCUCUGCGACCUAGAGUUAUUGCUGCAAUGGGUAAACGCGACAUCUAUGGUGAUGUCUCGAGGCCAGCACACCGACAAAAUCUGGCGCACCUACGUUCCAGAAGAAGGAGUUUCGCACCCGUUUCUAAUGCACGGAAUCCUAGCAUUAUCGGCUGUUCAUAUUGCACGGACACGAGCACCCAGAGCUUCUGCAGACAACGGACAACUGGGCAGGGACUACCUCCAGAUCGCCGUCUCACACCAUAACCAAGCGCUGGCGCUGUUUCGUGAGCAGCUCGACGAUAUAAAUCCUGCUAAUGGCAAGGCAAUGUUUGCUUUUGCUAGUAUCACUGUCCUCUACGCGUUUGGGUUCCCCCGCACUCCCGAUCCGGGUAGUACAGCCGUCGGUGAUCUAGUGCAGGCGUUUGUGUUGGUGCGUGGUGUGCAGUAUGUCCUCAACCAAGCGAUGAACACUCUUUUUGAGGACCGCGCCUGGGCGCCACUACGAGAUAUCACCGAAUACGACCCUACCCUUCCGAUAGAGGCGCGGCCGGCAAUCGAGCAGCUACACAUGGCGAACGAGGCAUGCACCCGCCAGGACCCGAUCCUCCACGACUCAUCCCUCUAUCAGGAAGCAAUCGACCACCUGGCCGACUUGAGUGCAGCGGUAAAAGGCGGAUUGGGCUUUUUUGUGGCGUGCCGAUGGGCGAUCAAACUACAGCCGGCCUUUGUCGAUCGCAUUCGGGACCGUCGACCGUUGGCUCUGGCGAUUCUUGCACACUGGUGUGCAUUAGUAGCUCGACUCCAAGACGUGUGGUUUGGUAUUGAAUGGGGAACACGCGUUGCACAGGAGAUCUGGUAUGUCCUGGACGACAACUGGAGACCAUUAAUACACGGCUGCAUGGAGCAAAUAUUUGGAGAGCAGUACCUGAUGAUAGAGCGAUGA